AUGGCAACCGAACCCCCCGCCGCCGUAACGAAAAUCUCCACCCACCCACCCCUCCUGAUCAAGAAACUGAGCGAGAAAGCCAAGCUGCCCACGCGCGGCAGCGCCUUCGCGGCCGGAUAUGACAUCUAUGCUAGUAAAGACACGGUUGUGCCUGCGCGGGGAAAGGUGCUUGUGGAUACGGAUCUGAGUAUGGCUGUUCCGGACGGGACGUAUGGACGAAUUGCGCCGCGGUCAGGAUUGGCGUCGAAGCAUAUGAUUGAUACGGGAGCGGGGGUCAUCGACGCGGAUUAUCGGGGCCAGGUCAAGGUGCUGUUGUUUAAUCAUGGGGAGAAGGAUUUUGAGGUUAAGGAGGGGGAUCGGGUUGCGCAGUUGGUGUUGGAGAGGAUUUAUACGCCGGAGGUGGUUGAGGUGGAGGAGUUGGAGGAGAGUGUUAGGGGGGCUGGGGGGUUUGGGAGUACGGGUUAG